GCUGCCCUCGUCGUUGUUGUGAUCCCAAAAAAAGUCCGAACAAAGGCAAAAAAGCAUCUCGCUGCCCUCACUCGCUCCAAACACAUUCUUCGCCACUUCCUUCAAUUUUUAUUUUUUUUUUAAAAUUUAAAUUAUUGAGGUUUAUGUCUCUAAAUUUAUCAUUUCCGUUUUUUUUUCCUGGUGAUUAUAAUAAUCAAAAUUGCAAUCGUCUUCCCAAAUCGCUAAAACCCUAGCGACACUCUCCGGAGUUGGACAACUCUGUUAGAAUACCCAGAAAUUUGCAAAUUUUGUUUGUUUGUUUGUUUUGGUGUUGGGUUUGAUUGUGUUUCGCUUUUGUUGCUUCAACUGGGUGGGUUCUCGAGCGAAGCGAUCGGGUUUUUCAUUUCGCGCAAUGUCGGGUUCGGGAGGAGUUUCCAUCGCGCGCACGGCGAUCCGUGGCGAGAAUCGCUUCUACAACCCGCCGCCGAUGCGGCGGGUGGAGCAGGAGGCGCAAUUGCAGCAGAUGAGGGAGAAGGAGAAGCAUAAACUCGAAGAGGAGGAGGAGACGGAGAAGGAGCGGCGGACAGCGAUGGUGGAGAGGAAGGGGUUUUCCGUGGUUGGUCCGCCGGAAAGCAAGAACAGGAAUGUUUCUGUGUCGGAGGAAUGUGGGUCGUCGGAAUCUUCCGGGUCGGGUCGUGUUGCGAACAACGCGUCCAAUUUGGAUCGGUUCUUGGAGCACACCACUCCUACGGUUAUGGCUCGGUGUUUUCCCAAGAGGAGCUCUAGGGAAUCAAGAAAUCAUUACACGGAGUGUCAACCCUAUUUUGUUCUUGAGGAUCUCUGGGAAUCAUUUGCAGAGUGGAGUGUUUAUGGUGCUGGUGUUCCUCUGGUACUUAACGGGAGUGACUCCGUUGUGCAAUACUACGUCCCGUACUUAUCGGGGGUUCAGCUGUACAUAGACCCGACCAAAUCUAUCCAGAAAUCGAGGGAGCUGGUUGAAGAUGGAGACGGUGAGUCCUUGAAGGGGACAACGAGCAGCGAGGGAAGCAGCAAUGCUAAGCUCGGGAAAGUACCUAACAAUGGUAAGACUCAGCAGAAGGCGGUGGAUAUAAAUGUCAGGAAUUUGAAUACAGUGUCCCUCAAAGAGCAAUCCCUUGUCGGUUCUACAAACAAUGGGAGUGAGAUCAGUAACCCUACAGGACAGUUAAUGUUCGAGUAUUUUGAGCAUGAUCUUCCGUUUGGCCGUGAACCUCUUGCUAACAAAGUAUCUGUUCUCGCUUCAAGAUUUCCCGAGUUAAUGACAUACCGGAGCUGUGAUCUCUCCUCUUCAAGUUGGGUCUCUGUGGCGUGGUACCCGAUAUACAGAAUACCGAUAGGUCCAACACUACAAAAUCUCGACGCUUGCUUUCUGACCUUCCAUUCUCUUUCAACACCACCUCAAAGUACAAGCAAUGUAAGGGAAUCUAACCAUUCGGGUCCAUCCAUAAAACUACCAUUGCCGACUUUUGGUCUUGCGUCUUAUAAGCUCAAGUUCUCUGUCUGGAACCCUGAUGGAACUCAGGAAUGCCAAAAGCUCACAGAUGAGGUGAAAUCGAGAAACCCCUUUGAAAUGGAACCACACUUUCUCGACCAACUUCAGAGCACUUGGCACCGAUAUGAUCAUACUCUCCCGUUAACCCGAUAUCUGCUUUACUUUGCAUACAUGAUGUCCAUCUUUCCCCUAGCCCUGCUUUUUUCAGGCGCUCAAGUGACUUUUUCUACAGGACUCAUCUCUCUGUAAGAUGCUUUAUGCAGGAAUUAGCCUGGCGAGCUUAUAGCCUAAUAUCCCCUUUUGACUGGUGUUCCUUUUUUUUUGUCGGGAUUCGAUACUUUAAGUAGAAUCUGCAGUGAAAACGGGUCUUAUGUACUGUGAGAUGUAACUCUUAGUGACAACACUUGAUUGAUGAA